UCACCAGCGCCGGAGCCCAUUCGCUGCAGGUCGGGCUCCGCUCCCCAGCCCGCUUCUCCCCACUGCAGCCACCGCCGGCCGGCCGGCACCGCCACCUCCUGCUCCCGGCGUGCGGCCGCCUGGGGGCUGCUGCUGCCGCCGCUGAGCCUCCUCCCUCCUCCCCCCGCCGCGUCUCCAGGCUGCGCCCUCCCCGCGGCCCGUGCCCACCUGGCCCGCCCCUGGCAGGAAGGAGGAUGGCGGAGAGUGAAGCCGAGACCCCCAGCACCCCCGGGGAGUUUGAGAGCAAAUACUUUGAAUACAAUGGAGUGCGGCUCCCUCCCUUCUGCCGGGGGAAGAUGGAGGAGAUCGCCAAUUUCCCGGUGCGGGGCAGCGAUGUCUGGAUUGUCACCUAUCCCAAAUCAGGCACAGGCUUGCUACAGGAAGUGGUAUAUCUAGUGAGUCAGGGAGCUGACCCUGAUGAGAUUGGAUUAAUGAAUAUAGAUGAACAGCUUCCAGUCCUAGAGUAUCCUCAGCCUGGUCUGGACAUCAUCAAGGAGCUCACAUCUCCUCGCCUCAUAAAAAGCCACCUACCAUAUCGGUUUUUGCCUUCAGACCUCCAUAACGGCGAUUCCAAGGUAAUAUACAUGGCUCGCAACCCCAAAGACUUGGUAGUGUCCUAUUACCAGUUUCACCGCUCCUUAAGAACCAUGAGCUACAGAGGAACAUUUCAAGAAUUCUGUCGAAGGUUUAUGAAUGACAAGUUAGGAUAUGGUUCAUGGUUUGAACAUGUGCAAGAAUUCUGGGAACAUCACAUGGACUCCAAUGUACUUUUCCUCAAGUAUGAAGAUAUGCACAAGGACCUGGCAACAAUGGUUGAGCAGCUGGUGAGAUUCUUGGGAGUUUCUUAUGACAAAGCACAGCUGGAAUCCAUGGUGGAACAUUGCCAUCAACUCAUUGAUCAGUGCUGUAAUGCAGAAGCUCUUCCAGUUGGCAGGGGACGAGUUGGUCUAUGGAAAGACAUCUUCACUGUGUCAAUGAAUGAGAAGUUUGAUUUAGUUUAUAAGCAGAAGAUGGGAAAGUGUGACCUCACAUUUGACUUUUAUUUAUAAAGAAACACGCAUGCAUACAAUAUCCAAAUAUUAGCUAGCAGUGCUUUAUGCGUUCAUGUAUUACCCGCUGGACAAACUACUGUAGCUAUUAUGUGUAAGAUGACUGAAAAACAAACAAAAUCUAAGUAAACCAUAGGAAACACUAUUAUUCUUGAUCCUAAACAGCUGUUUAUCCUUCAGCAUUUUAAUCUUUUGUCAACAUGCAAGAAUUUCAUAGAUAGUACAAGAAUACUCAGCUGUUAUGGAAUGUAUUAUAUAAGUAUAAGGUAUGUAUCAUAUAUGCAACUAGAAUGUACACUUUUUCAGCCCCACAUUGAUUAUUUAAUGUAUUUUAUAGAAGCUUUUCACUGGAAACCUAAAUGAAAUUCAGUAAACCAAAUAAAAAAUUAUUUCAGAAGGAAAUCAGUAAUAGGCCAAACCAAACUGUAUGCGAGAAUGAUCUCAGGGGUUAGCUGUCACAUUUAUUUUUAUAGUUGGAAUGUCAAGGACAAAACAGUCCUAUCCCAAAUUAAAAGGCUAAAGAUGGAGGUUUCCUUUAAUUUCCGCACUUCCAUUAUUUGUAGGAUUUCUGAGUGGAUACCAUUCGCUGGCACACUUUGCAAGCCAAACAUAACUGCGGUUGUCACUCCGCGCACACAUGCUCUUACGUCUGAUAAGAGGUGGCUGUAUUCAGAGUGAAUGAAAUUCAUCCCUGUGAAGAGGGCAGGCCGUCACAAGGGCCUGUUCAGCACUUAAGUCUCACUCAAGCCCUCAGCACAGGGUGUAAGUGAAUUGUAAGUGGUGCAUGGGGCUUGUGCUGGGCCUAUGGUUAGGAGUCAAUUUCUCCCAGGGUUUCUGUGAUACGUGCUGGUCUUCCACACAGGUCUGAGUUUCACCCAUUGAGAAUGAUCCUCUUAGGUAACAAGAGCGUUCUGCUGGAUUCUGAGAACCCUCAAGUUCCAUUGAAAUCAUGGGAGUUGAGGGAACUUAGUAUUUUUAACACUUUUAGACUCAUUCAGACAUAAUUUGAAGAUGGAUGUACAUAUUGGUACAAAUACGUAAAUGAACUAGCAGGUCUUGAAGAAGAGAUUUUAAGGAUACUCCAGCACAUGGGAGUAUUACGCAAGCGAUGGUAUUUAUGCAGAAUACAGUUGCAGCAAUUGACUGUCAGCCAUUAAUUUAUAAGCAGGAUUUGAGUUUAUUUUUUCUGUGUCUUUUUAUUUCCCCGAUUUGCCUGUGGGUAGUUACAUAUUAACCUGGUGCAGGCUACUGUAACAAUGAGAUUCUACAGAAUUAUUUGAUCCUUCAGUUAAAAAGCUAUAUUUUUAGGUUCUCAGCUGCAGGAGGCCCGUUUUGCUAGCCCUACAGUAUAUCUCACCAAAAGCUGUGAGGAAGGACUAGCAGAUUUUAGUAUUUUGCUUCUGUUGGAAAAUAACCUGUCAAUGCAGCAAUUGGCAAGUGGUGUGGCAUGAUGUGGCUUGACAGCACCUUUCUUUGUAUAUCUGUGAGUGAAACUGCUUUCAGUGAAAUUUUAUUUCUAUUUUUAUAUUUUUAGUACUGUAUGACUAUUAAGCACUACACAUUAUUAUACUUCUGUGCUUGCUUGCCUAUUUA